AUUUACGCCCGGCAAGGCUUCUGAUCACUGAAUUGCAGCAGUCAUAUGCAUUCCUGAAUUGAGAUGGAAGAUAUUUGGGUUCAUAAGCACUUACUAAGCAAAGCCGACGAUGUCCGAGCAGUUGCCGACGCCGACGUGAUAUCAUCUUUCAUCAUCAGCAAGUUUAAUUUGUCAGCAGAAGUGGAAGGUUCCAGAUAGCCUGAAUACGCUGGCUCUUCUUACAUUUCCUUAGUACUUGAUACUAUUUCUAUUUGUACUUUUUCUUAUAAUGAAAUAGAUGUAGAUGGAUGGGAUGUAAGAGGUAUGCGAGGCAGGGUAAACGGAGUUGUCGAGGCGAUAGCGACGGGCGUGAUCGCCAAGUCCGAGGUACAAAAUCACUCGCCGAUCCCGUUAUAUUCUCGUCCACCUCACCCAUCUUCUGUCAACUUCCUCCCCCGUAUCUCCCACACUUGACAUUCUACCACAAAUCAAAACCAGCAUGUCACCCAAAGUCCUCCUCACCGGCUCAACAGGCUUCAUCGGCGCCGCCGUGCUCGCGGAAUUGAUCGCAAAGGACUACACCGUCGUGGCCGCCAUCCGGUCUGCGUCGAAAGCCGAGUACAUCAAGGCGCAGCACCCGGACGCGGUCGCGAGCGGCAAGCUCACGUUUGUGAUUGUGCUGGAUAUUACUGCACCCGGAGCGUUUGACGAGGCGGUCAAGGGCGCGGAGUACGUGGUGCACGUUGCGUCGCCGUUCGUGCUCAACGUGAGCGAUAACGAGAAGGACUUGCUUGUUCCUGCGCGGGAGGGCACAUUGGGUGUUUUGCGGUCGAUUCAGAAGAACGCGAAGGAUACGGUGAAGCAGGUUGUUAUUACGGCGUCGUUUGCGUCGGUGUUUGAUGGGCCGGUGUAUAUCUUGAAGGGAGACCGCAUUUACGAUGAGUCUGUUUGGUGUAAGAAUACGUGGGAGGAGGCGGUGAAGAAAGAUGCUAGCUAUGCUUAUGCUACCAGCAAGUUGGUCGCCGAGCAGGCCGCAUGGGACUUCCAGAAAGCCGAAAACGCAAAGUUCGCAAUCACGGUGCUCAACCCUCCCUUCGUGUUCGGCCCCAUGUACCAGCAAGUCACGGCCUCGACCGUCAACACCUCGAACCAAAUCAUCCAGGGCUUCAACAAGACUCCCGAGAACCCGGACCCGGAGCACUCCUUCAUCGAGGUCGACGUGCGCGACCUCGCGUACGCGCACGUGGCCGCGCUCGGGAACCCCAAGGCCGAGAACCAGCGGAUCAUCGUCUCGCCCGGGUAUUUCUCGUACUCGAGCUUGAUUGAGAUUAUCAAGAAGUAUCAGGCCGAGGGUGAGGCGUACGCGAAGGGGCCGGAUGACUCGGACGAGCUGUUGAAGCGCGAGAGAGCGAUUGGCGGCGCGAACCUGGCGAAGGUGAAGGAGGUCUUUCCUGAUUUGAAGUUUCAUAGCUACAAGGAUACGGUCGUCGACACUCUUCGACAGCUUAAGGAGCUUGAGGCCGCUGCUUAGUCUUCUCAAGUAAAUGAGAUUUAGUAAAUAGUGAA